CGGCCAGAGCUGUCAAACGCCCCUCUCCUUUUGCCACGUGGCUCGAUUACAAGAAGCUUUAACAGUUAAUUAUCUGGUUAAUUAACAUCUUAUUUUAUAUACUUUUGGGGUUUACUUUUUGGACCCCCCAACCCCAAUGUCACGUAUAAAUAAUGAGCAUUUAGCCAUUCAGGCAUACAUUUCAAAAAUCGCCACCAAACAUAAAACUCAAAACUCUCACAUUUUCUCUUCUGCCAUGGAGCACUGGACCCGAGGACCGACCGUCGGCCGCGGCUCCACUGCCACAGUCUCCCUCGCCACCAGCACCAUCUCCGGCGAACGAUUUGCGGUGAAGUCUACCGAGCUCUCCAGCUCGUCUUUUUUGCAGAAGGAGCAAUGUUUCUUGUCCAAGCUAAGUUGCCCCCAUAUAGUUAAGUACUUGGGCUGCAAUGUUAGCAUUGAAAACAACGAGCAUAUGUACAAUCUCUGCAUGGAGUACGUAUCCGGCGGCACGCUUUUCGAUGCGAUUCGGAGGCGGGGAGGGCCGCUAGAGGAGGCCAUGAUCCAACUGUACACACAUCAAAUUGUGCAAGGAUUGGAGUAUUUGCAUGAGAAUAAGUUGGUACAUUGUGACAUCAAGAGCCAAAACAUUUUGGCGACCGAAGAGAGCGCCAAAAUUGCCGAUUUGGGUUGUGCUAAAUUGGUACAAGGAGUUGCAGAGGACGAAUACUCUGUCGAGGCAAGUGCUACUAUUUCGGGUACGCCGGUGUUUAUGGCGCCAGAGGUUGCUCGCGGCGAGGAGCAGGGGUUUGGGGCUGACAUAUGGGCUCUAGGGUGCACAAUUAUAGAAAUGGCAACCGGUGGCGGGCCUUGGCCGGAGAUAAAUGAUCCGGUUUCAGCUAUCUACCGGAUUGGGUUCUCCGGUGAGGUACCGGAGAUUCCAAGCCGACUUUCGAGCAAGGGUAAGGAUUUCUUGAGCAAGUGUUUGAUGAAAGAUCCAAGAGAGAGGUGGACAGCUAAGCAGCUUCUUGAGCAUCCAUUUCUGGAAGAGCAUUUGGGGUCCAAGUUCAAUACAGAGCAAGUAAUGGGGUCUCCAAUUAGUGUGUUGGAUCAAGGCCUUUGGGAUUCAUUUGAAGGAUCUGAAAGUCCAACGGGAUUGCAAUCUGUUGAGGUUGAAGGUGUUUGUUUGAAUUCUCCAACAGAAAGGAUCAAGAAACUGAUUGGAUUUUCGACAUCUUCAUAUGCACCCAAUUGGGAAUUUGACGAAAGUUGGUCAACUGUUAGAAGCAAUGGCGACGAAGAACUCGAAAACUUGGAUGUUGCAAACAACAAUGUCGUCUCAGACGAUGAAGUUUUUGCUGCAACUUCUUCAACUGUGGCUUCAAUUGUUCUUGAAGAGACUGAGAGUUUAAACUCCGAUGAGGAUUUAGAUUUUGAAUUUAUGAUUAGUAAUAGUGUGAUAGAAGAUUAUUUUGUAUCAUACCAUCUUGAAAUUGAAUCAGAUAAUCAGAAUUAUGAUUUUAUUCACUCCCAUUGUUAUCAUUCGUGUCUUAGUUUUGCCUGCCAAAGUAACAUUAGUGGAGUUUCUUUUCUAUUUUGUUUUAGUUUUAGUAGUUCCAACUUCCAAGGGCGACAAGCCUAUAGCAUUGACAAAUCACCGACUAGCUACCCGUUUAGCGAUCCUGCUGCUCCCAAUACUAGAAGAGGUCUCAAACUUGAAUUGUCAAAGUUUCAUAGUUGAUUCAACGGCUCGCUA